CCAAAUUUGACAACAUUGCCACGCUAGCAGGUGACUCGCCUCCUCUCUCCGAUUCCCACGCCUCUCGCGACUCGUGCGCCGGCGCCGGCGAUGGCGAUCGCGCAAUCCGCGGCCGCGGUAUCAUCCGCCGCAAGAGCCUCCCGCCCAAGGCCGACCCGCGCCGCGCCGCGCCGCAUCGCCGCCUCCGCCUCCUCCGUGGCGCCGCCGGAGCCCGCCGCGCGGCGCCUCGUGGCGGCGUUCGACCCGGCGGUCCCGCUGGCCUCCGCCGUGACGCCGCCGAGCGGGUGGUACACCGACCCGGACUUUCUCCGGCUCGAGCUCGACCGCGUCUUCCUCCGCGGGUGGCAGGCUGUUGGCCACAUAUGGCAAGUCAAGAACCCAAAUGACUACUUCACAGGAAGUAGACUUGGAAAUGUAGAAUUUGUCAUAUGUCGGGAUGCAAAUGGAGAACUCCAUGCUUUUCACAACGUGUGUCGCCAUCACGCCUCACUCCUUGCAUGUGGAAGUGGUCAGAAGACUUGCUUCCAGUGCCCUUAUCAUGGCUGGACAUAUGGACUGGAUGGAGUCCUCCUAAAAGCCACACAAAUAUCAGGAAUCAAGAACUUCAACAAAAAUGAUUUUGGUCUCAUUCCUAUUAAAGUGGCUACAUGGGGGCCUUUUGUAUUGGCCAAAUUUGAUAGUGGUUUCUCUCAAGAAACUGCUGAUAACACAGUUGGAGAUGAAUGGCUGGGUAGUGCUUCGGAUCUGCUGAGUAGAAAUGGCAUUGACACCUCGUUGCCUCAUAUUUGCAGGCGAGAAUAUAUAAUUGAAUGUAAUUGGAAGGUCUUUUGUGACAACUAUCUGGAUGGUGGCUAUCAUGUUCCAUAUGCGCAUGGAACCCUAGCAUCUGGUCUACAGCUUCAAUCCUACGAAACACAUACAUAUGAAAGAGUUAGUGUUCAAAGGUGUGAAAGUGUCCAAGCAGAACAAAAUGAUUUCGAUCGCUUAGGGACAAAAGCUAUCUAUGCUUUUGUUUAUCCAAACUUUAUGAUUAACAGGUAUGGUCCAUGGAUGGACACUAAUCUAGUGGUCCCAUUGGAUGCAACCAGAUGUAAAGUGAUAUUUGAUUAUUUCCUUGACAAGUCUCUUAUGGACGACCAGAAUUUUAUUGAGAGCAGCUUAAAAGACAGCGAACAAGUACAGAUGGAAGACAUUGCACUUUGCGAAGGAGUUCAGCGGGGCCUGGAAUCACCAGCCUACAGUGUGGGAAGAUAUGCACCAUCAGUGGAGAUGGCCAUGCACCACUUCCACUGCCUCUUACAUGCCAAUCUUAGUGGUGACUGGUGAGUGAUUUCUAUGUGCAUAUCUGAUUGGAUUUAUGCAUCACAAAAUUUAUGUGCAUAUCUGCAGUAUUUUCAUUACUUGUACAUUGUAAAGUGAAAACACAUAGGAAUGUAAUCAAACUGGUUCUUCAGUCUUCACAUUUUGUCGAAACUUAUUUGUUGGCGACUUGGUCUUGAGAUUUCUUUGGUUUCAGGCAUUUGUUGCUUUGUAGUGGGGCUUGUUGGAUGCUGCAUGCAGAUGGAAGCACCAGGCAGUAAAUGUACUGAUCUGGUCAACUUCCUCAUUUCAGUCCAUAGAAGGUUUCCAAUCCAAAUUGUGUGAAACAUGAAGGCAUGUAGACCAAGUAGUUUCCAAAAUGCUUUCACAGUCUCAGCCAAAUCGUACACCAUUUGACCCCUCAAACAGACAAACUCAUCAACUGUCAACACCUCUAACUGUUUCUACCUGGACUAAAAACGAUCUCUCUCGAAUUAUCUGUUCCUUCGAUCCAAUCACAUGAACCAUACAAGAAGAACAGCAGCAAAUCAAGAUUAUAGGGGCAUGUUUAGCGUCAAUAUAACAAAACAACAAUUGACUCUCCCAAGUCCCAUCAAGUGCUGGACUGGUUGCUGAUACCCUCUGAACUGGACUAGCCCCUCUGCUUCAGUCCCUUUUCUUUAUCUCAGGAGUCUGGUUGUGUGUGUUUUGCUGCCUCUGUUUUUCUUUUCACUUACUCACAGUCACAGCAUCAACCAUGAAGCAAAAGAAUAUUUAAUUGAAGCUGUUUGCAAUGGUAUAGUAAUAGAGGCUAUUCCUAAAUCACAAUGCUUUCAUGGCACCACUCUUGCUGAUCUUGGACUCAAAACUUCCAUGUAUAGUUCAGACGGAUGGUGCAUUUUGCUCUACUGACAUAGGGAACUGUUCCAUUAGGACGAUGAGGGAAAUCCACAAUGAACUGCCUAAAACACAGAAAUAACAGGCUUAUGACUUAUCUUGAAUUUUAGGAGCAACUACAUUGCAUGAUGCCUGCAAAAUAUUUCAAGGAUUAAUUACAAUAGGAGUAUAUAUUUCUUGCUUGCUGAAGACUCCCAUUCUUCAUCCAAUCAUCCAACAUGUUUAGUUACACCACUGCCAUACCUCUUCGUGAGGUGUGGCAGACGAAUGAAGUUGUUGACUGCAAUAUCAACGGAUCAAGUAUUUACAAUGGAGUAUAAAUGAAAAGAGACCGAAGGUAGAUUUUUUUUUCUUAUCUAGUUCAUUUUAGAAAGUCUUUUUGAGAUACUUCUUUUUGUUGACUUUCUGUUUUAGUUUGAUCUUCCCCAAUAUAUAUUGUUUUCUGGAAACUUCUGAUGAAAACCACAUGUUUUGAAUAUAAUGUGAAGAGAACCACAACAAUUAUUUAUUGAAGUAAUUGGCAGUUUGGUACACUUUAC